AGGAUAGACUAGUGUUGGGGGAGUUGUGUGAGUGUGAUGCUACAACCUCCUUAUAAAGGGACUCGAACGUUGUGUCUCGAAAAUUAGAGAACAUUUCCUAAAAUUUGGGUCUCCACACAAUCCCUGAAAGCUGCUGUCAUGAUUUCGUUAAAUGUGGAGAACAUGCUUAAAGCCGCAGAGCUGCCGUUCUUCUGGGUCGGUGCGUUCGCCGUGGCCUCACUAUCGUUGUGGGUGCUCUACCGACUGCUUUCAGGUUUUCGGAUUUGGGUAUUGGGAAACGGACAGUUGCUCUCCCCGAAGCUGGGCAAAUGGGCAGUUGUGACGGGAGCUACGGAUGGAAUCGGGAAAUCCUACGCGGAGGAGCUUGCACGGCGAGGCUUUGCCAUGAUGCUCAUCAGUCGCUCUCAGGAUAAGCUGGACGACGUGGCCAGGUCACUUGAGGAACAAUACAAGGUGCAGACCAAGACAAUUGCUGUGGAUUUUGGGCAAAGUGACAUCUACCCCAAGAUUGAAGCUGGACUGGCUGGGCUGGAGAUUGGAGUGUUGGUUAAUAAUGUUGGAAUCUCCUACCCCUAUCCUGAGUACUUCCUGCACAUUCCUGAUCUAGACAACUUCAUCACAAACAUGAUCAAUGUCAACAUCACCUCUGUGUGCCAGAUGACCCGCCUGGUGCUGCCUAGGAUGGCUGAGAGGUCAAAAGGUGCGGUCCUGAACAUCUCCUCUGCCAGUGGCAUGUACCCUGUCCCUCUGCUGACUGUGUAUUCCUCCUCCAAGGCGUUUGUGGACUUCUUCUCUCGUGGUCUGCAGGAGGAGUACAGGAGACAGGGACUUAUCAUCCAGAGCGUGCUGCCGUUCUUUGUGGCCACCAAGAUGACCCGCAUAAGAAAGCCCACUCUGGACAAGCCCACCCCCGAGCGUUAUGUGGCGGCCGAGCUCAUGACAGUGGGGCUGCAGAGCCAGACCAACGGCUACUUCCCCCAUGCCGUCAUGGGUUGGCUGACCACUGUCCUGGUGCCCAUCCAUCUGGUCAUUUUCUUUGGAGCCAGGAUGAACCGUCUGCAGCGUACUGGCUACCUGAGGAGGAGAAAGCUGAGGGAGCAGAACAAUGGAGGUUUAAAAAGCGAAUAGGAACCUAGAACACUAGAGGAGGAAGUUUCCAUGACAGACGUUCUGAUUUUCGGUCUAUUUCUACCAAAGUGUAUGUGUUUGAAAAAGAAGGAGUAUGUGAGUGUUUAGUUCUCUUAAUAUUAUGAAUUAUAUCAUUGUUGGGGCCUCUAAAUAUGGCUCCUUAAUGUCUGUGUGUUUAAGAGAGUACCAUUGACCCUGCGAUGUAACGCAGCACAUCUUUAAAUGAAGUGGUUCCAGAAAUGGCUAUAGCCCAAAUGGCCGUGCCUUAAGGGAUUUAAUAAAAAUGUAAUUUUUCUAUAUGAUGCAAUUGAGGUGAGAAUUCUUUAUAUCACGGUGAUUUGUGUUGACCCUGCUGUUGUAAGCAGAGGCAAUCGGUGGUGGGUAUCUUUAAAAAAAAACAAAACUAUUUAUUUAAUUUUUGUUUAUGGAUGCCCUACCUGCUGCAGUUGACACACAA